AUGGCUACAAAUGAACUUCUAAUCCACAUGGACUUCAGUGAAAACUAUAAUUGUAAGCUUGAUUCCGAAAUUCAAAGCAUGCAUUUUGGAGCGUCACAAAGGCAAGUCAGUGUCCACACUGGUAUAAUCUACUCCAAAGAAAAGAUUUAUCCAUUUCCAGCCGGUAUUUGGGGCCACCUUCAGCCAGUUUUUGAUUUCCUGAAAAGUAUGGAACAUGAGAAAAAUGUAAUUCAUUUCUUGUCAGAUGGACCAACAACCCAAUAUCGUAACAAGACAAACAUGUUUAUGUUUAGCUUCAAGAUUUUUGACCUGGGAUAUAAGUACGGUACUUGGAACUAUCUGGAAGCGGGGCACGGCAAGGGAGCAGCCGAUGGAAUUGGGGCGACCGUCAAGCGCACUGCAGAUAGUUUCGUGCUAACAGGACAUGAUGUGAAAUGUGCAGAAGACUUAAAAUGUGCUUUGAAUGGCUCAAGUAUUCAUGUUACGACAAACCAGCCUGGCAUAAUUCGAACAAGAGAAGUGUCGUGUUUCUGUAACCGCAUCGAUUCGAGUGGAUGUGACUGUUUCAAUCCAGUUAUCACGGAGUUUGAAAAGAAAAGAUCACCAGAUUCUCAAUCACAUGGCACCGGUGUUUCUGCUGAAACAAAUAUAGACACAACCUCUGACAACAUACUCAGAAACGAGACGAUGGCCAAUGCCUCAUCUACCGAUUUUGUGGUCAAUGUGGAUAUACCGGAAGUUGCUUCUGUCGACGCGUCAGGGGAUAAAGGCACACCGGACAACUCCGCCAGAAAAGCUGCGCCAAGACUUCUGAAACCAGUGGUAACUGUAGAUCAGCAUCUCAUUGGCCAAUACAUCGUUGUAGAGUACGACGGGCUGCCUUAUCCUGGAGAAGUUUUAGAUGUUGACGAGGAAGAUCUUGAAGUUAAGGUUAUGCACAAGAUUGGAAAGAACAGGUUUUUCUGGCCGUUACUCGACGACACUCUGUGGUACCACAAAGACAAAGUUGUCACGAUACUGGACGGUGCUCCUGUAAGGGUGACUGGGCGGCAUUGUUAA